UCCUGAGUUACGGAAGCCGCCUGUGCACGUUGGGGUGACAAGGCGGCUGAGGUGUUGGGGGCGAUGUCCUUGGAGGUGACCAGGACGACCGCAGGGAUGGUGCUAGAGCUGUAUGUCUCAGAUCGAGAAGGUAAUGAUGCUACGGGAGAUGGAACCAAAGAGAAACCAUUUAAAACAGGUCUAAAGGCUUUGAUGACAGUAGGAAAAGAACCAUUUCCUAUCAUUUAUGUAGAUUCACAAAAAGAAAAUGAGAGGUGGGAUGUUAUUUCUAAAUCACAGAUGAAAAACAUUAAAAAAAUGUGGCACAGGGAACAAAUGAAGAAUGAAUCCCGGGAAAAGAAAGAGGCUGAAGAUAAUUUGCGAAGAGAAAAGAACCUGGAAGAAGCAAAGAAAAUUACCAUUAAAACCGACCCAAGUCUUCCAGAGCCAAAAUGCGUGAAGAUUCAUGCUUUAGAAGGAUAUAGAGGCCAAAGAGUAAAGGUGUUUGGCUGGGUCCACAGGUUGCGUAGACAAGGAAAGAAUUUAAUGUUUCUGGUGUUGCGAGAUGGUACAGGUUAUCUUCAGUGUGUCUUGUCAGAUGAGUUGUGUCAGUGUUACAAUGGAGUAGUCUUGUCCACUGAGAGUAGUGUUGCAGUGUAUGGAAUGCUAAAUCUUACCCCAAAGGGCAAGCAGGCUCCGGGGGGCCACGAGCUGAGCUGUGACUUCUGGGAACUAAUAGGGUUGGCCCCUGCUGGAGGAGCUGAUAACUUGAUCAACGAAGAGUCUGAUGUUGACGUCCAGCUCAACCACAGACACAUGAUGAUCCGAGGAGAAAACAUGUCCAAAAUCCUAAAAGCACGUUCCACAGUCACCAGGUGCUUUAGAGAUCACUUCUUUGAUAGAGGGUACUGUGAAGUUACUCCUCCAACACUAGUGCAGACGCAAGUAGAAGGUGGGGCUACACUCUUUAAGUUGGACUACUUUGGGGAAGAGGCCUUUUUGACUCAGUCCUCUCAGUUGUACCUGGAGACCUGCAUUCCAGCCCUGGGAGAUGUUUUUUGUGUUGCGCAGUCAUACAGGGCAGAACAAUCCAGAACACGAAGGCACCUGGCUGAAUAUACUCAUGUGGAAGCUGAGUGCCCUUUUCUGACCUUUGAGGACCUCCUGAACCGGCUGGAGGACUUGGUUUGUGACGUGGUAGACAGAGUCUUGAAAUCACCUGUAGCGAGCAUUGUGUAUGAUCUCAACCCGAACUUCAAGCCCCCAAAACGGCCUUUCAAACGGAUGAACUAUUCAGAUGCUAUUGUGUGGCUAAAAGAACACAACAUAAAGAAAGAAGAUGGAACUUUCUAUGAAUUUGGAGAAGAUAUCCCAGAAGCUCCUGAGAGACUGAUGACAGACACUAUUAAUGAACCAAUCCUGCUGUGUCGAUUUCCUGUGGAGAUCAAGUCCUUCUAUAUGCAGCGAUGUCCUGAGGAUUCCCGCCUUACUGAAUCUGUUGAUGUGUUGAUGCCUAAUGUUGGUGAGAUUGUGGGAGGCUCGAUGCGUAUCUGGGACAGUGAAGAAAUACUGGCAGGUUAUAAAAGGGAAGGGAUCGACCCCACUCCCUAUUACUGGUAUACAGAUCAGAGAAAAUAUGGUACAUGUCCUCAUGGAGGAUAUGGCUUGGGCUUGGAACGAUUCCUAACUUGGAUUCUAAAUAGGUAUCACAUCCGAGAUGUGUGCUUGUACCCUCGAUUUGUGCAGCGCUGCAAGCCAUAACUGAUUCCUCCUGAAGCGUGAAGGGAAAAAAUAUGGUUCAUGAAAGGAACAGACUGGCUCUUCAAAAAAAAAAAAAAUCCAGAAAAACAGACAGCCAAAAUCUUCCCUUUUUUUUUUCCAUUGGGGUAUAACUGUUUCUGUUUUCUCUUUCUGUUUUUUUAUUCCUACUACCAUAAAAAGUAGCCCAAAUUGCGUGAACAUCAAGUGACAUUGAUGCUAUCAUUUAAGAAAAAAUAUUUAUUACAGAGUUUGGGGGAAAUAUGUGAUGUGUAACUCUGUAGUCAUGGACAUAUUUCAGCAUUUUAUCCAAUUAUAGGUCAUAAUCUUUAUGUUAUAUAUACCACAUAUUUCAUUAAACAGUUUUUAAUUAUGGCAUAAGACAUUCCAGUAACUUAAUGUUCCUGUCCUUUUAAGUGUGACUGGAAUUCUUUAAUUUAUAUAAUUUCAUUGUAACAUUGUGUUAAGUCAAGCAUCUUGGGUAAGAAUUGACAAUAUGGUGUAAAAAUCUGCCAGCAUUAGAACAGGGUGUAAUUCAGCAGUAGAUACUAGAAUCAAAUGAGUACAGUCUUUUGCAUCAGUUGCUAAUCUGUUCUAAAUCCGUAUUGCUGCUUAUAAUUCUAAGGCAUAUGAAUUAAUAUGGAAGAAUUUGUAAAAAUGGAAUUGCUUUAAAGAAUUUGAAGUAAAAGCAUAAUUGGGGUCGGGGAAGAGUACUUAAAUAAUUCACAGCAUCCCUCUGAGCAUUAGUUUUAGCUAAAGAGGCAGACUAAUCUUUCCCCUUUCUUGGUAAUUCCUAAAUAAUUAAGAAUAAAUAAUUUCCAAAAGAAUUUGCAGCUGGAAUCUUGAUAACAUUUUAAGUGGCUGUUUUGAGUCAUCCCCACCAUAUCCUUUGACCUUAUCUGUGCUUCUUAGGAACUCACAGUAGGCUUAAUGAAUGGCUUCAUUUCAGAUUUUGUUUAUUUUCCCAAAUGCAUGUCAUGUAUUUUCAGUAGGCUGUAUUCCCAGCAAUUAAUAAAUGAACACACAUAAAAACUU